AUGAACGCUAAAAGAAAUAUCGGUGCAGAGCGUUGUUCUUCGGAACAAACAUUAUUUCGUUAUGAUACCAUCGGCAUUCCAUUUAUUAUUGUCAAGUGUCAUUAUUGGGCAGCUAGAAAUUGUUUCCGUGACAGAGCACAGCAUGAACAAGUUAUUACGGAUUGGGUUGACGUAUCCGCUAUCAAGCGCAAGAAUGAUAGAAAUGAAGAAUGUGGUACUGUUAAUGCAGAAUUUACGCCAUGUGUUCAGAAAGAGAUUGCUGAUCAAAUAUUCUAUGAUUGCUGUAAGCUUUACGUUGAACCGGAAUGUCACGAAUUAUGUCGGUAUGAAGCAAACCACGAGGUGGCACAAUCACUCUUACUGGAAACAUUCCGUAAGAAAAAAUGUCCUGUGAAUAAUAUACCAGCUAUAUUAUAUUGUGCAUCCCAAAAUCGAGACAAUCGAUUAUGUUGUAGACAAUUUGGUCUCAUAUCAACAAAAUUUGGUACUACUCGAAGAUGCUUACGAAUGUGUGAUCCGUAUCGUUUUGACAUUCCCAUACUGCAGGAAUAUGAUUUUGUCUGUCUAAAUAACUGGGAUAUUAUCAUGUAUUGCCAUCAUGGUGGACUCAGUUUACAAAAAAUGACGAUUUCGUAUGGCGAGGAAUUGUCCUCAUUUAUGCUACGAUGGCGAGGAUCACUGUGGAAAGCGGUACUAAAGGAUUUAAUUGCUUUCUACUUUGUUUAUUAUAUUAUUCUGUUUUUCCAGUGGUAUUAUCUUGAUGAAAAACAGAAAGAAUACUUCACGGGGUGGAUUAUUUGGUGCGAAAUUGGCUCCCAAUAUAUUCCCUUAUCUUUUUUGCUUGGCUUUUUUGUUGCUGUUGUGGUAGCACGAUGGUGGGAACAAUUCAAUUAUAUCAGUUGGCCCGAUAAAUUAAUGAUGAUGGUAGCAACAUGCUUACCCGGUGAUCAUAAUUUGCCCAUUCGACAAGCUAUUGCAAGAUGGUCUAGCUUACAGGCAGCUAUUGCUUGGUCCGGAAUAUCGGUUCGUACACUAAAACGAUUUCCAACGGAACGACAUUUAGUGGAUGCAGAUUUGAUGACCGAAGAAGAGUAUAAAAUGUUUACAGGUGUAGAGGCAAGACAUGGCAAAUGGUUUGUACCAAUAGUGUGGAUAUCAAAUUUGUUUGGAACAUUAUAUCGACAACAACGAAUUGACUCUGUGCAACUCAAUAUGCUAAUGCAACAACUGUACUCGUUUAGGGAUGGUUUUGCUAUGCUGUUCGUUUACGAUUGGGUGAAGAUACCUCUUGUCUAUACGCAAGUAGUAGCGAUAGCAACCUAUGGAUAUUUCAUCAUCUGUUUGAUUGGACGCCAACCGAAAAUUGAUGAACAUUCAAUGAGAAAAGAAGUAUCCAUAUUGUUUCCAGUUUUUACAACCUUUCAAAUACUAUUCUACAUUGGAUGGCUUAAAGUUGGCCAGUAUCUAAUGAAUCCAUUCGGUGAAGAUGACGACGAUUUUGAGCUGAACUAUGUGUUGGAUCGAAAUACAUUCAUCGCACACAUGUUGGCAACAGAUUUGGCUAAUCAAUUACCCACAAUUAGUAGGAAUGGAAUGCGCGUUCUCCUCCCACAUACUAAAGCAUCAUUUAAAAUACAGGAUGUCAUCCCAAAAAAUCAUUUAAUGGAUUUCAAGUUAACGGAAGACGAAAUGAAACUUAUCCAACUGGAUGAACUCAUGGAAGGCAAUGAAAAUAACCGGAAAAAAGCUAAGAAGUCUAGAUUAUUAUCACGAAGUAUUGGAGAAAAUAGAAAGUAUUUUUGA